AAGAUUAGCUGUAGUGUUUGGCCGGCCCAAGAUGGCAGACAAGGUUUCAGAAGAGCUGCCGCCCUUCGACGGCGGAGACGAAGACACACCAAAAGAGGUUGACGAGACCUUACCAUCAUUUUUUGAUGAAGACGAGACACCAAAGGCAAGCUCCUCCCAGGUGAGCACAGAGGAGGACAAGGCCAAGGACAAGGCCAAGGCAGAGGCAGAAGAGGCUGCCCAGAAGCAGGCUGCUGAGGCAGCUGCCAAAGCUGCCGAGGCUGCAAAGAAGGCGGCUGAGGAAGCCAAGAAAGAAGCAGAGGCCAAGGCCGAGGAGGAGAGACAAAAGGCAGCUGCUGAGGCGGCAGCUGCCGCGGCUGCCGCGGCUGCCGCGGCUGCCGAGGCAGCGGCUGCCGCGCUAGAUCCUGCUGAGAAGAAGAGAAAGGAGCGAGAGGCUGCUGAGCGCAAGCGAAAGAAUGAAAAGAAGAAGAAGCUGAAAGAGAAGAAAAAGGCGGCAAAGGCAGAAGAAUACAAAGAGCUGGGCCUACCACCACCAGGAAAGGGUGGUAAGGGCGGCAAAGGUGCGAAGGGAAAGUUUGGCGCCAAGGGCAAGGUGCCGGUUGGCAGAACACCUGGUUUGAUCAGCAAGCCCAAGGAUGAUGAUGACAUCGAGGUGGACUACGUGGUGCCAGAAGUGCUGGCUGGCAACGAUCAGCCUGAAGACGAGACUUUUGCAGCCAUCAUGGAGAGGUUCAAGUAUGUCGAGCCCGAGAAGAAGGAGGAAAUGGACGAGGAUGAGGAGAAGCCCAAGAAGCGGACGAAGCCAAAGGCAUCUUUGCUGGAAGAGGCUGAGGACAGUGAUGAUGACGAGCAGGAUGCCAACAAGCUUUCAAAGAAGAAGCGCAGGGUUCAAAGCCGAAUGUCGGUGGCAGAGCUGAAGACAUUAGUCAAGCGUCCUGAUGUGGUGGAAGUUUGGGACACUACUGCCUCGGAUCCGCGCUUGCUGGUCUACCUCAAGGCGUAUCGCAACACAGUUGCGGUGCCAAGACACUGGAGCAGCAAGCGGAAGUACAUGGCUGGGAAGCGCGGCGUAGAGAAGCCUCCCUUCAGGCUGCCAGACUUCAUUGAAGCAACAGGCAUUGCCAAGAUCCGCCAGGCAAUCAUGGAGAAGCAGGCUGACAUGUCCUUCAGACAGAAGAGCCGUGAGCGUGUGCAUCCCAAAAUGGGCAAGCUGGACAUCGACUACCAGGUGUUGCACGACGCCUUCUUCAAGUUCGCCUCGAAGCCUAAGCUCUCGAAGCACAAUGAUAUGUACUAUGAGGGCAAGGAAUAUGAGACAAAGAUGCUGACCAAGAGGCCCGGGCAGCUGAGCGCUGCUCUGAGAGAGGCACUGGGCAUGGAAGACGGUGCUCCUCCGCCGUGGCUCUUUAACAUGCAGCGAUAUGGACCGCCUCCCGCCUAUCCCAAUCUCAAGAUCCCUGGGCUGAACGCGCCCAUCCCGCAGGGCGCGGAGUACGGGUACCAUCCUGGGGGCUGGGGGAAGCCGCCGGUGGACGAGUUUGGCAAUCCUCUCUAUGGCGACUGGAAGGACCAGGCUCCAGAACGAUCCAUACCAGAGGACCCGACCCUGUGGGGCGAGGUGGACGAUUUUGAGGAGGAGGAAGAGGACGAUGAGCCGGAGGCAGAGAGGGGUGAUGGGGCUGCCACUCCGAUGCUGGGCACGGCGACGCCGCUGGUGGGAUCCGGCUCAGCAACUCCGGUAGUGUCAGGCGGUGUGCACAGCAUCAGCGGCAUUUCGUCCAUCACGAGUGGCAUGGACACGCCGGGCACGGGUACGCGCAGCAAGAAGGGUGGCAUCGCCUCAGUGAGCGGCAUCAGCUCCGCGUCCUUGACGCCGACGCCGCAGCUCUUCCAGGUGUUGGAGGAGCAGAAGUCUAGAUCCGCCAAGAAGGGAGUCUAUCCCACCUCCCACACGUACAAAGUGGGAAGCAGGAGCGGAGGUGGUUCCUCCACGCCGAUGGGCGGCGUGGGCAGCUCCGGCACAGGGACGCCGCUGGCUGGAAUUGGGACGCCGAUUGGUGGAAUCGGAACUCCCAUCGCGGGCAUUGGAACUCCGCACGGCAUCUCCACGCCGCAUGGCAUCGGCACCCCGGGCAUGGGCACAAGGACGCCGCACGGGAUCACUACGCCGCUGGGAGUGGGCUCGGCAGGUCACGGCACUGGGACCGGCACAGGGACGCCGGGAAUGGGCACUCCGGGUGUGGGCACCCCCAUCGGUGGCAUCGGGACACCGGUGGGCGGAGGCAUCCACACGCCUGUGGGCGGCAUUGCAACUCCAGUAGGUGGUAUUGCCACACCCGUCGCCGGCAUUGCCACGCCGCUGGGUGGUAUCGCCACGCCAGUGGGUGGCAUCGCAACACCGGUUGGCCAGCACACUCCAGCAGGAGUUGCAACGCCAGUUGGCGGUGUGUCGACGCCCACCGGAAUGCCUGGCGCACCCACUCCAGUUGGUGGAGCAGACACUCCAGGACCCGUGACCAUGAACCUCAACCCAGAGCAGGUUGAGACCGAAGGCAUCCUCACGGCGGACAUUAUCCGCCAACAGCUGAAGCAGCACGAGGAGGCCGCGGCCAAGGCCAAGCUGGCGGCCGGCCAGAAGGAGGUGGAGCAGAAGAAGACCGUCGCCAAGCCAACCAAGAAGCGCAAGGAGAAGACCAAGUUCAAGUUCUGAGCUGCAGCGUACGCUCAUGGACUCUUUGCACUGGCUCUUUUCUUUGCCCAAGCAUAUCGCA